AUGAAUGAAAAUCUGAUUGCAGUCAAGGGAGCAAAGAAAGUGCUAACCCUUAAUAAGCCCUGCUACAUAGGCAUGUGUAUUCUAGACUUAUCCAAGACACUAAUGUAUGACUCCCCCUACAACAUCAUCAAGAAGGAGUACGGUGACAAGGCAAAGCUUCUCUUCACAGUUACAGAUAGCUUGAUGUAUGAGAUUAAAACAGAUUAUGUCUAUAGGGACUUCAAGAGGAUAGGUGAGGAGAAGGACUGCUGGGAUAACUCCGAUUACCCUAAGGAUAGUCUCUACUACACAGCCCACAAUAAGAAGGUUAUCGGUAAGUUUAAGGAUGAGGCCGAGGGUGUGCCGAUCACAGAGUUCGUUGGACUGCGAUCCAAGAUGUACUCCUAUGUUAAAGAAAACGGUAAGGGUGGGAUGACAGCUAAGGGUGUGAAGAAGUAUGUCAUCAAGAACAAGCUCACCCACGAUAACUUCAAGAAUGUCAUAGCUAAGAAAGACAGGAUGAGACACAAGAUGAAUACAAUACGAAGCACCAAACAUAUAGUAGGAACUUACGAAAUACAGAAGGUAACACUAAGUUGCUUCGAUGAUAAAAGGUAGUUGUUGAAUGAUGGAGUUACCAGCUACGCUUACGGUAAUAGGAGAAUAGGUGACACCACGAUAGAGGUCCCUAUCAUAGAAGUAUGUGAGUCCGACAAAUGGACAUACAUCCAAGAGGAAUACAAAGAGUGUGAGAUAGUUAGAGUCGAAAACAAACCUGAAGUAAGAGUUGUUGUAGAAAGGAUCGAUCCAAAUACUAAGUCAUACAAGUCAAUUCCAGAUCACACUCACAGAUCACACAUCGUUAGACUUGCUUCUCAGAACCUAGUCGUCGGAAUCAGCUGA